AUGCAGCGACAACCUACUCAAAAUGAAGGCAGUGUUACCAAAAAUCCAUUUAAAUUUGUGAAAAAGUGCCAACCAGAAACAGUGUUGCCAGUCAAAAGUGAAAUCCACAAAAAAAUGCACCUGGCCGCCUCGGAGGUCAGCUCCACGACGAACCCCACCACGAUGGAGCAUGGUGGCAGUGUUGCCAGCAGUGGUGCCAGUAGAAGCAGCAGCAGCAGCAGCAGUAGCAGUGGUGGUGGCACCGUUUCCGUUGGAGGGGAUUCGGUGGUGGACGGCAGCACUGCUGCCGCGGCGGCAAAACAUCUGCCGCUGACGGCGGAAACGCUGGCCGAACGGACCAUCGACGGGCUGCUGGCGGAUCAUCCCGGAGAGCUGGUCCGGACGGGGUCACCUCAUGUGGUCUGCACCGUACUGCCCACGCACUGGCGCUCGAACAAAACCCUGCCAGUGGCGUUCAAGGUGGUGGCCCUGGGCGAGGUCGGCGACGGCACGAUGGUCACCGUGUCCGCCGGUAACGACGAGAACUUUUGCGGCGAACUGCGGAACUGCACCGCCAUCAUGAAGAACCAGGUUGCCAAGUUCAACGAUCUGCGCUUCGUGGGCAGAAGUGGCCGGGGCAAAAGUUUCACCCUAACGAUCUCGAUAUCGACGAUGCCGAUGCAGGUUGCGACGUACAGCAAGGCCAUCAAGGUGACGGUGGACGGUCCGCGGGAACCGCGAUCCAAGAUUCGCCACCAGGGCUUUCAUCCGUUUGCCUUCGGACCGCAGCGAUUCGGGCCGGAUCCUCUGAUGGGGACGCUGCCCUUUAAGUUGCCAGGCUUCCCCCACCAGCUGGGCGGCAUGGCGUCCCACCUCCACAUGGCCAACGAUUGGCGGCAGCUCAACGGUCGAUUUCCAAGUUCACAUUUUUUCCACCACCACGCGGCGGCGGGGAACCACUUUGGUCCCCACAUGCUAGCGGCCAUCGAUCGGCAACAGCAGCAGCAGCAGCAGCAACAACAAACCGGGAGUGCGACGGCGGCCACGACCAUGGGAAUGCUGACGGCGGUGGCCGCGGCGGCCUCCAACACCAGCGGCGGUGUCUUUAACGGCACGGGCAGUAGUAAUAACGGCGAUGCUGUAAACUCACCCCGGAUUAGCGAUUCCAAUGACGUCCAAAAUCCCCCGACCAGCUGCAACCCGCACAGUACGACCAGUCCGAAGAGUUCACCGGUGCCGUCCAGCCGCCAACCGACCACGACCUCCGAGGACCCGGACCAGGACGACGUGGACGACCAGAUCAGCGUGACCGGUUCCGACGUGGGUGACACCGCCGAAGAUCGCCGGACGCGGAGUCCCCUGAUGGGCGGUGCCUUCACCUCCCUCAUCCAGAAGAACCCGCACGCCGCCGCCAAAAUGUUCCCCUACCCAAACCCCAACCAGCAGCAACUUCACCCCCAGGCCACCCAUCACCACCCGCUGAACCACGCCCUGGCCGCGCAGCUCUUCUUCCAGAACCCACUCAUCCCCCAGCCCAACCACUGGCUCUACAACCAACUCUACGGCAACUACCAGGAACUGCCCUGGUUCCGCCAGUCCGCCCUCUUCAACCCCUCGCUAACCUCCCCGCCCUCAACCAUCACCGACGGCAAGGAGGACAACAGCCUGGACUCGCCCAAAAGCACCACCGACGUCAAACGGCCGCUCGCGGUCGACGGCGAGGACGCUCCCCCGCGGAAGCUGCAGGCCGUCGCGGAAGCGACCGUCGACGACCCGGACCAGGACCAGCCCCCGUCGGUGAGCUCGACGAAGCGCUCGCCCAGUCCACCGGGGUCGCCGUGCACGACGGACAGUGUGGCCAGCGUGACGAUUCUGGAGCGGGCCAGCACGCCGACGAUGGCUCGGUUUAGGAAGGGCAGCCGGUUCCACCAGCAGCAGUUGCAGCAGGGGAAGCAGGGCGAUGUGUGGAGGCCGUAUUGAGGGGGAUUUUAUGUAUUUUUAGUUG